AUGGAAUUUUUCGGUUAUACAAUGUGUGGCCCACAAAAUUACUGGAAGGAUAUUGUAAGAGAAAAUUAUCGAGAACCAACCUGUGAUAAUGAUGUUAAGAAUGUCCUGAGAAAAAUUUCAAAGCAAUCUGGUAGCAAUGCAAAUGAAUUAAAUAAUGGAUAUGUUGGAGAGUUAAAUGGUUUUGCUUAUGGAUCAUUUCAACGAUUAGCUAAAAUGAAAAGGAAGGGAGUCAUCAAACCUAUAAAUCCAUUUGAUAUUUACAGAUACCCUCCUACGUCAUCAACUGAGUUUGGAUGGUGGCAACGUGACACAGCUCUGACAGAUGCAACAUGGUAUCAGGCUUUUCCAAGAUAUCCGCAGCCGGUUUCACCAAAUACAUUAAUCCUGGAUAAAGUUAGAAAAAAUAAUAAAUAUGCUACGUUGUUUUAG